CGUACAAGCAAAGCGGAAAGAAAAUGGCGGCCGUGGCUGCGGAGCCAGGAGCUGCUGCGGCAUCAACAACAACAGCGGGGAACAGUGGUGAUUUCGAACCGGAACCGGAGCCGGAGGCCAAAAUCGACUUCGAUGCGACGCAGGAGUACGCACCAGUAAUGGACCAUGUUCACCAACUCAAGGAUGGGGAUGCAGUUCAGGAAUGCAACCAGGUCCAAAUGGAGCUAGUGAGCAGGCCAGACCUAGAAGCAGCGGGAAAAGCCCUCGCUGCUAGUGCUGAGGAUGAACAGAUCGAGGCAGGCUGUCUCGGGGUCGGCGUAGAAAAAACGGAGAACCAUGCUCUCGAGGGCUUUGGCUCCAYAUACACCAUGUCGCGAGCGGAACGUUUGAAACAGUUUUUUUCGCCGAAUGUUGAACCUGCAAACGAGGUCAGUAAGCACGAGCCCUACGCCUGCCUUCAGAAUAGCUCCAUCUCCGAUUCACAGCCAUCGGUGGUCUUUUUGCAUUCGUUCCCUGCGCAACCUGUGGCUACGGAGGCUGAGCUGUCGUUAGCAGAGCCAGCAGAACCCAUUAUAGAUUACGAUAAGAACCCAGAAUUAACCCAACCUACUAAUAUCGAGUGUGACUAUAGAGCUUUAAUUAAACCGUCUCACGAGGCUGAACUGGAUCCCGAACCCGCAGAUGAAUUUCCUUCUGUCUCCGAGUACAAGAAUGACGACUCAUCAGAAGCUGCUUCGCUUGAACGUCCCCAGUCCAUAGACCACGUCGACUUUCUACCAAUUCUAGAGAGGGAGACAGUCCUUGGGACACCCGUGGAGGCUGGUUACAUGUGUGACUUUUCGAGCAUAACAACCCAGAACAUUCCGAGACCCGAGGUUCCUGUAAUGCCAGUGGACCAGGUACACUCCUCGGCAGAACUUGGAGACUCGUGUUCACCACAGAGGUUCGAAACGAAUUUCAAUGAAAGCGAUCCAGUGUCGAAACCCUCUCUCCCUGUGUCUGGUGCUGAAACUGAGGAGCUACAGCCGGAUUCUGUGCACAACCUGAUACCUGGGUCCGAGGUUCGAGUAUCUCUGGAUCACAUAAUCGACGACGCACUGGUGGUGUCCUUUCAGUUAGGCAAGAAACUCUUCUCCGGGGUUCUGAUGGACCUAUCUAAAAGGUUUGGACCCUAUGGAAUUCCAAUCACUCUGUUCCCCGAGAGAGAAUACAAGGAUAAACCUGAAUCUAUGCAGCUAAAGACGGAACAACUCCAGUCAGAGACUGAGAAUGUGGAAAAGCCAAUCCAGGAAAACCCCGAUGGCCAAGUCGUCACAGUGCCCGAACCAAACCCUGACCCCCAGCCUAACCCAUGGACUUCAAAACCUCCSCCACUGUUUCAGGAAGGAGCCCCUUACCCUCCCCCUUUGUUCAUCAGGGACACCUACAACCAGUCGUUACCUCAGCCGCCUCCCCGCAAGAUCAGGCGGCCCAAGCGCAGGCUGUACCGCGAGGAACCCACCUCCAUCAUGAAUGCCAUCAAGUUGCGGCCCCGUCAGGUGCUCUGUGACAAGUGCAAGGGCGCUGUCACGACAGUGGACAAGAGGGAGCCACGCAGAGGCCCUGUGUCAGACUCUAGGAGCGAGGAUGCCAAGCGGAGACGCAACGACAGUGCAGCCACUGUCAGCAAGCGGCUGCGCAAUGACCCCCGCUCAGAGGAGAAGAGCCGUGCUGCUGAGGUGGCCAAACGACAGGUCUCCUCUUCUUCCUCCUCUCUGGGCCAGGUGAAGGGCGGAGCUGGAGGGAACAGGGUUCUGAGGGCGACCUCCACCACAACAUCAUCACCGGUGAACAGCGGCUCCAGAGUCCAGCUCAAUGCCAAGAAAAUGCUGCAGAGCAAAAAUGUUGAUCACUCCAAGGCCCGGGAGGUGCUGAAACUGGCCAAGACCCAGAAGAGGCAGAGGGAGACUACGGUCACUGACAGCAGUGGCAACGCCAAGACGGUGACGAGGGCAGCCGCCCUGCAGGAGGCCCACGCACACCAGAAGGUCCAUUUCACCCGGCGGCUGCAGCAGAUCAGCGGGGUGGGACCAAGCAACGCCACUCCUCUCCCACCCAGGAUGCGCAUCAAGCCUCAAAGGUACCGUAAUGAAGAGAAUGACUCUUCUACAUGUAAGCUGCCUUGCCUGGAGAAAGUGCCGGGAAUUGGCUGUUUGUCCCCUCCAAAGCCAGACGCGCCCUGCUGCACCGCCACACGCUCCUCCUCCUGCUCCACAGGCCAGGCCGCUGCUGCUGAAAGCCAGGGCCCAGAUAACGGGCCAGAACCUGAGGUUUGUCCUCAGCCCCAAGUGGAGCCCCCCACAGCCACGGAGCACGGUGACCCCAAGGCGGAGCCAGAGGAGCAGGGGGAGCAGGAGGAGAGGCGGGAGACGCGUGGCAGCAAGGCUGGCAACCUUGUCGUUUUCAUGAACCUUAACCCCGGCCAGCCGGACUCCUCUAAUACCUCCAUGUGCAGCGUUGAUAGUGCAGACGACUUAAAGUCCUCAGACUCAGAGUGUAGCUCUACGGAGAGCUUUAACUUUCCCCCUCCCGGUCGCCCCUCGCCCCCCGUCCCCGGCACGUCCUCAGCAGUCGCUGACCCGUCGCCUGCCCCUACGGAAGAGAAAAAGCCCUGUAAAUCUCAGAAAGUGUUUUCUAAAAAUGUGUCUAAGUGUGUCUCUCUGGAGGGCAGGACCAUUUGCGUAGGGGACAUUGUUUGGGCCAAAAUAUAUGGCUUUCCCUGGUGGCCAGCCCGCGUCUUAGGCAUCCAAAUCAGUCGCAAAGAUAAUGGGCUCUUAGUCAGGCAGGAGGCCCGUGUCGCCUGGUUUGGUUCACCCACCACCUCCUUCCUGGCUCUUGCACAGGUCGCCCCUUUUCUAGAAAGCUUCCAGUCACGCUUUGACAAGAAGAGAAAGGGCUUGUACCGUAAAGCCAUCACAGAGGCAGCCAAGGCUGCCAAGCAGCUCACUCCCGAGGUUCGCGCCUUGCUUACGCAAUUCGAGACGUGAGGUGGUGUGCUUUGGGGGAAAAGGAAAGGUAGGCAAAAAUGGCACCCACUUUCGUCCCCCCCUGCAUCUCUCCCCUGCUCGUCACCUUCCGGGCCCCCUCACCUUCCAGGGAGAAAGAAACWAAAUAUUUCAGGCCAGAACACAACCAGUAAUAAAAAAAAUUGUACGCUUGAAAAGGGACUGGAUGGUAUGGGGUUAUGAACCUUGCUGGGUAUAUAAGGAUGGCAGUGUAUUUUUACUUUAUCCUAUCAAGUAUCACUUUUUUCCAACCUGGUGGAAAUCUGGUAAUUGUAUAUUUUAGGAAKAUUUUUAUUCACUGGUCAGUGAUUUUGAAUAUUCUCCUUCUUAAAUUGAAGCCUUUAAAUGUCACUCUUUGUUCAAGGAAACUUACGUCAUGUUCUAACACUGCGGGUUCAUAGGUUAAUCAAUCGAGUUCCGCUMCCAAUUGUCAAAAUCUUAGAGACAAAAAAGGUAUUUCUUUCCCGUCUAUGCAACAAACGGUUCAGUGUCAGAUACUGUGAAUGGAAAGAUACAGGAUCUGAGCAGGAGUAGAUAUUAUGUAUCUGUACGGGUGGAAGACAUGCUGUAGCUGUGAUGUGACCAGGAAGUGGACACUUGUGGAUUUGAAGAGAGAGCAGGCGUAGGGGCUUAUGUACCUCAGACAUAGUCAUAGCUGCCUGGCUGUGGGAGCUGCCAGCCAGYACUUUCCAGACAGUUGAGCCUUGGUAGCGAGGAGAGGAGGUGCCUUUAAGCCAGACAGGUGGGCCGGGGUGGUGAGGAGAGGAGGUGUCUUUUUAAGCCAAAGUCGCCUCAAGUGGAGGUGAGAGGAGGAUGGUGUGCCGCUCCUCAUCCCCUCUCAAAAUAGAGAUGGCUAUUGAUACAGUACCCCCCCUCCACCCAUAUUUCUACAGUGCUACUACAUAAUCUAGUUCCCUUGACUCAGGCCUCCUCACUCCCCCUGUCUCUGUUCUUCUAUCUAUGUCCUGUCUACCUAAUGCUCUACUGAGUUAUCCAAGACUGUUCUAUUCCUACUUCUCUAAUCUUCCUAGCUAGCGCCUUGGUUUUUCAUACAUAAAACGAUGCCCAAUUGUUUUAAAAUCACUGAUUUAAUGAAUUGUCUGCAUCGGGACAUUUUCAACAAACAUUUAGUUGAUGCAGUGAAAGCUUCCCAUUUCAAUGAUAUUGAGUCGACUAGCAUUGGCAGUGGGAAGCCAUUUUAGUUACUCCUCAUAAACCGAUGUGAUAUGGUAGCACGUUACAUUWUUUGCUAAUUUUGUUAAACUUUUACUAUGGGUUUGCCAUAUCUUGUUGAUUUACUAAGUUGCCCAGUGAUUUCUCAGUCUCCGUUGUUAGACCUACUCCACCCUAAUUUGAAGUGGGAAAUGUGUGUUGACUUUAUUUGGUGCGUCUGAACUUUAUCUUCUAUCACUUCCUUCACUGCUUGGCUAAUCUCGUACGACUGUGAAUCUUGAUUUGAUAUAUUAUGUACAGUACAAUCUGUAUCAAAUUAUUUACAACUUUCAUGAUGAUUCAUGUUAAAGGGUUUUCUUUAGUUUGACUGAGGGGAGGGCGGGGUGAGGAAAGGUGACCUCUCUGCUUGGCUUGAG